AUGUCUCGUACAGUGGAGUUGGGGUCGCAGCUCACUGCUCUGGCUGGCUGUCCUCCAGAGCAACAUCGCCUGCUGUCAGAGACGAAUCAGGUGCUUCGAUUGGCCACCCAAUAUAGCAGAGUCCAGAGGAGACCGGGCGGUAACUGGCGCGGACAAACCAGGAUCAACAGCAUUGCAACAACCGCAGAGCAUAUCCUCAUGCACCAGGCUCUUGGCAGCAACUUGGAUACAGACCGAGAUGCGUUCAUCUCAUGGUUCUAUUCUGUCCAGAACUCAGAUGGCUCAUGGGGCAUCAACCCAGGGGACCGUGGCGAUCUUUCGGUUACGGUUGAGGCCUAUCUUGCUUUGAGAAUCUUAGGUGCCCCACGGAAUGUGCAUCAAAUGCGCAGAUCUCAAUCAUUUAUCAUUGCGGAAGGAAGCAUAGCGAAGGUCUGCUUUAUUACCCGCAUUCAUCUUGCAAUGUUUGGCUUAUAUCCCUGGAAUGCGGUUCGAAGUCAGCCUCCGGAGUUGAUGUUGCUGCCUCAACAUAUCCUAAGCAGUAUAUGCUGCUGGCCGGCUAUGGAUCAUACAGUGCUGAUCCCUCUCCUCAUCCUCUGCCACCAUCGUCCAAUCUUCCCAUUACCCAUUCAGGACUGUGCAGCCAACUCAUACUUGAAUGAACUGCGGUGCAACCCACCAAAACCGCAAGAGAAAGCCUUUUGUGCUUUUCCGCCUCGGACUUGCGGGGACACUGCACCGGCCUCAACCUCCACAGACUUGGUUGUACAUUUCUUGAACUUGCUAAAAUACAUCCUUCCCCUCCGACGCUAUGCGCUUGAUCGGAGUGUUGCGUUUAUCCUUCAGACCGUGCGGGAAACGGGAGGCGUCGGGCACCUGUCGCGGCCGCUGCACAUGGCGAUACUUGCGUUGAAGCUGGAGGGUUACUCGGUCCAAUCUCGUCCUCUGCGCACGGCUCUGGACGAUAUCGGACACUUUGUGUAUGAGGACGAGGAUGGAAAGCGGAUCUUGAGUGUGAAUACAACCUUACGCGACAGCAGUCGGAUGAUUACGGGGCUCGAAGACGCUGGCAUCGCAGUGGAUGCCCCAUGGUUCAGGAAGUCUGUACAAUGGCUGCAGCGUUGUUUGCUUCCAGAUGUCAAUAAUGACGCAUCCAAGACUUUCGAAACCCGUGUCUGUCGUGUGGAUGAUAUGGCAUCAGCGAUUCACGCGGUAAUUCGACAGGAUCCUCUCAUGCUCCGCUCACACCUUGUCGCCAACGCUCUCCAAUGGCUUCUGAAGCGACAGAAUGCAGAUGGUGGGUGGACAUCUCUAAGCUGCAGUAAUUAUCUCACUUCACCGGACAAGCAUGUGCGUCAGUCAACGCCAGACGCGACAGGGCAUGUCCUCGAGACCUUCGGCUUGCUUCUGACUGUGAGUCGACGGAAUACGAAACUGGUUGCGCAAGGGACAUUGAUCGAUCAUGUCGCGUCAGCUUCUCGAAGGGCAAUACACUACCUGUCUGUCACCCAACAACCCUGCGGUGCCUGGUUUGGGUGCUGCACCAGGUAUCACAUCUACGCGACAAGCGCUGUCCUCCGCGCAUUGGCCUAUUUCAUCGGGGUCAAAGAGCGCAACAGAUGGACUGAGAGAGAUGACAGUAUCAAUGACGACGUGUCCCAAGCUAUCCACUGGCUUGAGAGCCUCCGCAAUCAAGAUGGAGGCUGGGGUGACAUUUGCUGGAGAGAGAAAGGUGGGACGUCCACAGCGUCACAGACGGCUUUGACGCUCCUGGCGCUACUCCCUUACCUGUCACCCAUGAAUAGCAUACUCAGAGAUGGCGUGGAGUAUUUGCUACGAACGCAGACCAAGGCGCUUGUUGGAGGGGCAACAUGGACGGAGGAUCAGUCAAUGACGGCUUGUUCUCCGGCCUGCACAUAUAUCAGCUCCUCCUAUAGCUCGCAUUAUUUCGCCAUGAUGGCCAUUGGCAGGUAUGCGCAAUCACUGAGGGGGUAUGAAUAUGCUGGGGAACCUUGCUUUUGA